AUGAUAUUCGGAUCAAUUAUCAGAUCAACAAUUAGAAAGAUGCAUAUCGAAUCAAUUCCAAUGAGAUGGGGUCGUGGCGACAACUACGCAUAUUUGGUUGUAGACACCCCUACAAAAAAUGCCUGGUUAAUUGACUCGGCACAACCAGAUGAAGUCAAUGAAUACUUAUCGAAACACAAGAUAAACUUUGAAUUGAAAGCAAUUGUGAAUACUCAUCAUCAUUAUGACCAUUCAGAUGGUAAUCCUUAUUAUCACAAGAAAUACCCGGACUUGCCAGUUAUUGCAGGUAAAGAUUCUCCUUUGGUUACUUAUACUCCUUCUCAUGAAGAAACUAUUCAUUUAGGUGACAAUUUGACUAUCCGUGCAUUACAUACUCCAUGUCAUACACAAGAUUCAAUCUGCUAUUUUGUUGAGGAUAGUAAUACCGGUGAACGAGCUGUAUUUACCGGUGACACUUUGUUCAUCAGUGGAUGUGGUAGAUUUUUUGAAGGUACCGGUAAGGAAAUGAACCACUCCUUGAAUAAAGUGUUGGCAUCAUUGCCAAAGGAUACAAAAGUUUAUCCAGGUCAUGAGUACACUAAAUCUAAUGUUAAAUUUUCAAAAACAGUUUUGCAGAAUGAAGCCAUUAAGAAGUUGGAAGAAUACUGUAAUACUCAUGAACACACUACUGGUAAAUUUACAAUUGGUGACGAAUUACAGUUUAAUCCUUUCAUGAGAUUGAAUGAUCCUCAAGUUAUUAAAGGCACCGGGUUGAAUCAACCAGAUGAAGUUAUGGAUAAAUUGCGUACGAUGAAGAAUAAUAUGUAA